AUGAUUCCAUUACCUGACGAGAUAUACUUGUACAUUCUAGAGAGUCUACCGGAUCUGGCCACCUUCACGCAUAAAAAGGACUUCGAAGACUACAGACAAAUCUCCGCCACGCUCGCGUCGGCGUGUCAUGUAAACAGGGCCUUUCGCGCAUUCGCUGAGCCUCUGUUGUAUCGAGCGUACAUCGAGGACAAAGAAGAUGACAGUCGACGCAGAAGUAGCGAAGCAGGUGAAUGCACAAGGCUCCAAUUAUAUCUGCGGACUUUGAUCCACAGGCCAGAUCUAGCCGCAAAGGUUGAAUACUUGAGGUUGGCAGACUGCAUAGACUACCCGGAUAUCAAGCCAUAUGCUGUCUUGUUUGCCGAAGCUGUCCGGAACCUUUGCACUUUGCCUCACAACAAGUCCGGAUCGCAGCGCAACCUCGAGUGGCAAAGUGACUGGAAAGAUGGUCUACGUGGGCAUAGGGUUCAUCAAGAUGCAGAGGUCGCAUUAUUACUCGCGCUACUUCCGAACAUUGGCAACCUUGAUAUAUAUGCUUCGCGGAGAAACUACGGACGGUUCGUAGGUCUACUUUGCAAAAGUAUAGAGGACCCAGAAUCAUGGAUUAAAGAGACACAAACCGAGGAUGACAAGCAAGUCUUGGUUUUCAAGGCUCCGAAAGUGUCUUCCGCUCUCAAGCUGCCUUUCUUUGCCCGGCUGAGCAUGUUGACCCUUGAAGGUGCGAAGCACUGGACCAUAGGCUUCCUCAGAGAUAUCGCGUGUCUUCCAUCUCUCGAAUCUCUUUGCCUCUACGGCGUCCAUGUUCCUCUGAUUCUAGAGGGAGUGACUCCAUUCCGCUUGCCGCUACAAAACAUUCGCAACUUAAUACUUAAGGAUUGCAUCAUCCUUGACAUACAUAUGCAGUCCAUCAUCAACUCCUGUGGAAGUCUGAGAUCUCUCCGCAUCAAACGCUCGCCUAACCUGGACGAGACGAGCAUAGGGCUGAAUAUGGACGCGCUGAUCAAGUGCCUCGUCUCAAGCUCCGACACCUUGGAAGAACUACAAAUAUACAUGCCAAAACCAUCUCCCGGAUACAAUGGCACAACACGAGCAGAGACAUUCGACCUUCGAUCUUUCACUCGUCUCAGGACGAUAGAAAUCAAUAUGGAAUUUCUAUUCCCUCCAACAUCAGAUACGGAGCCCUCUUUUAUCGCAUUAUUACCCACUUCGAUCGAUGACCUCUAUUUGCACAUGGCAGACAAGCGAUUUGCGAAACAUCUUCGUGUGCUGGCCGAAGAGUUCAAAGAUUUUCCAAAGUUGAAAACCGUAGAUAUUGGUAUUGACGACAUGCCAAGUAUCCACGCCAUGGACCAGGCCGAGGUGGAUUGGAAGUUGGCACUAAAUGAUUGUGCGACUAAACUCAGAAAUGGCGGGAUUGAGUGCAGUGUACCGGUGGAAGGCACUCAUUUCAAUCUUUCCUGCGGCAAUGACUAG